CAGUCAGCGCUCCACUAGUGCAAUCACCAUCGUUUCAUUGAUCCAGAGACUCUAAACAUCCCCACCAAACGAGACAACAAACUCUUUAUUUAAUUUAUAAUAAGCACGACUGAACUUACAUGUCUCCAUUUCAACGAAGAGGUUCCAAGUGCUGACUUGGGUCGGGGAGUUGGAUACAGCAUUACCAGGGAUUUGUUCUCGCACUACCAUCGUCAUUGAUCACCUUCCAUCGCACUGUCAAGAGAGGAGACUGCGGGUGUAUCUCAACGGAUACCUUCACGCUGUCAUUAAUGACAAACUGAAUAACUGCUAUGACAGGUAAACUAGCGGAGAAGCUCCCUCUUACCAUGAGCAGUUUAAUUAAUACAAUUCCUGACAGUCUUUAUCCAGAGGAGGACAUUCCGACUUCUAUGAACAUUUUCACCAGCACGGAUUCUAUUUCCCACUACUCGCAGAUGAACACGGAUAAUAUCAUGGAUCUGGGCAUGGGGAGCGAGAAGGGAUCGUCCGAGAUCCAGUACGGCUCCAGUUUCCAGUCCAAUCGCAGUGGCCAGACGGUCACCUACUUGGGGAAGUUUGCGUUCGACGCGCCCCCGUCGGGCGGGAUCGGCGGCUCGGGGUGGUGCUCCGACAACAACAUCAUCAGCCUGGUGAGCGCCGGCAUCCUGGGCGUGUCUCCGUCUCCCGGCAACCUCACCACGCAGACGUCGUCGUCGGGCGGCAGCAUGGGCGGCCAGUCCUCGGAGAUGGAGCAGGUGUACGGUCCCCCGCUGCCCGCGUACUCCACCUGCAGCGAGAUGUACCCGGACCAGGUGUCCUUCCACCACAGCCCCGCCACCAGCACGCCCCUGGCGUACCCGGGCAACGACUAUCACACCACUUCCAAAGCCCCCAUCGACGGCAGCCUGUUCUCCAUGAUCCCCGACUACAACCUCUUCCACCAUCAGGGCGAGGUUGGCGUCAUGGAGCACAAACCCUUCCAGACCAUGGACCCCAUCCGGGUGAACCCGCCUCCCAUCACGCCCCUGGAGACCAUCCGGGCCUUCAAGGACAAGCAGCAGAUCCACCCGGGCUUCAUCGGGGGGCAGCAGCACGCGUCGCAGCACCACCAGCCCCCCCAGACUCUGACGCUCAAGCCCAUCCGGCCGCGGAAGUACCCCAACCGGCCGAGCAAGACGCCGGUGCACGAGCGGCCGCACGCCUGCCCGGCGGAGAACUGCGACCGGCGCUUCUCGCGCUCCGACGAGCUGACGCGCCACCUGCGCAUCCACACGGGCCACAAGCCCUUCCAGUGCCGCAUCUGCAUGCGCUCCUUCAGCCGCAGCGACCACCUCACCACGCACAUCCGCACGCACACGGGCGAGAAGCCCUUCUCCUGCGAGUUCUGCGGACGCAAGUUCGCCCGCAGCGACGAGCGCAAGCGGCACGCCAAGGUGCACCUCAAACAGAAGGACAAGAAGCCCGACAAAGGCGGCGCCGCCGGCGCCUCCACCAGCCACAGCUCCCCACCCAGCUCCUGUGGAAGCGGAGGGACAAACAGUGGCAGCAUCAUGACUGUCACUACCUGUGCGUAGAUAGGGCUCGUAGGGGGAGCUCAUCUCAUACAAAUAGACUGGCAAUUUACUACUGGGGCUUCUCUGUUUCCUAUGAAAAAACAAAAAAACAAAAAAACAAAAAAAAAAUCAAAAGAAAGACAAGAAGAAAAGACUUUGAAAGACUUGUUUCCUUUCCUUCGCCAACACCCCUCAUCCAUUUUUUGUUCUUUACAGAUAAUAUUCUUGCCUUCAUUUUAAGGUGACUUAGGAGGGUCGGCUCUAGCUUUAGAGCACAUGGGUUGGGGAACUGAAGGGGCACUUCAAGAGAGCACUAACUGAUUUGUGGACCUCUACAGUACGUCUCAGAGUGUAGCCUACUGCGCUCUGCCUUUUGUAUUUUGAACAUUCUCUGCCUGCAGUCUUCAACAGAGUAGUGUGCAAGACAAUAUUAUUUCAGUCAGGGGCUGCGGUUGGCCGUCAAGUAGUAAAGGUACAAAUUACAUUGUGAAAUGUAUCAGAUGUAUUUUUUUAUGGGACUGUCUAUUUAAAAGUGCAAUCAUUUUUGUUUGCUUUUUUUUUUGUUGACUGUUUGCAGCACUUUGGUUGUUGUCAAUUGUUUAAAUAAUGUUUAUUUUUUACUAUCAUUCCAUCAGUUACUUGUUUUUUUUAAUUUUCUUAUGGAGUGUGCCAAAUGUCCUGAAAUUC